ACUUUGCCAACUACCUAUCACGGAAGCUUUCCAACUCACAUUCGCCGCAUCGUAUAAGCCAACACGGGAUUUACAGUGGUUGGUGAUCAAGAUGCACCUUCCUACGCUGUCCUGCUUCGUCGCCGCUGUCACCACAACGGCAGGUGUCCAGUUCGGCGACUUGAAAGAUCCUAUCAACAUCCUAGGCAUCGGACGCAACGACAUCGAAAUCUUCUUGGGCAUUCCGUAUGCUUACGAUACCAGCGGCGAAAAUAGAUUCAAACCACCGAUUCCCUACGAAUACUCUCCAGGUACUACCAUCGAUGCUACCAAGCCUGGUCCCGCAUGUCCACAACCAUUGGGCGUGCUCUACCCACCUCUUGGAUUAGGCAAUAUAACUGAAACAUCCGAGGACUGCCUGAACUUGAACGUAGCACGGCCAAAAGCGACUGACAGAGAAGGAAAGGGACCACUGCCAGUUCUGGUAUGGAUACAUGGAGGAUCUUUCUGGUGGGCAAGCAACACGGAGCCGACGACUGCGCCUGACGGAAUGAUCAAGCAGUCGGUAGAAAAUGGGGACCCAAUCAUCCAUGUGGCCAUGAAUUACCGUCUCGGCUUCUUUGGAUUUGCCAGUUCAGACUGGUUGAAAGAAGAAGGAAGCAUGAACGCUGGUCUUCGUGAUCAGCGCGCUGCUAUCGAGUGGGUCCGCACCAACAUUGCUGCUUUUGGCGGGGAUCCGGAGAGGAUUACGAUUGCCGGCCAAUCUUCCGGCGGCCUCGCAAUCGGAAUGCAAAUUAUGGCUUACGGCGGAGAGAAGCCACUUCCUUUCGAGCGAGGUAUCGCCCAGUCUCAGUCCCUUGAGCCUGGUAUCACAGGGACUUUCGCCAAGGAUGCGAUGAUCGCGCUGGUCAAUUACGUAGGAUGCAACACUACUGACGUGGACGCUCCAGGGACGAUUGAGUGUCUACGGAAAUUAGAUACUGAGACCCUCUUUGAAGCUUCGAAUGCGACGUAUCUCAGCGAUAUCGCGCAUAAUAUUGGGGACAUCUGGUUGCCACAGGUGGACGGUGAUUUCCUUCCUGCGGCACCAAGUCAGCUCAUCGCAGAAGGACGCUUCGGUAACGCUACCUUCAUGUCCGGCUGGAUGGAAGGCGACCUGAACGUGUACACCAACACCUCCAUUGCAACCGCACAAGAUACGUACGAAUUUGUUCGCGACUACUUACCGGCUAUGUCGGAGGACUCUCUCACUCAGUUACUAGACUUGUACCCGGUAGAAGAAUUCGGAACCAGUGUGAACCUAACAGCAGAGUUCUAUCGCUCUGCACGCAUCUUCCGCGAUAUCCUCAUGGUGUGCCCAUCGCUACAUCUGGGUGCUGCAAUUGACGAAGUGUACAAAGCGCCAGUCUACUUCUACAACUUCAACCAGACAAUACUUGAUCCCAUCCUCGAGUACACCGAAGAUGUUGUUGGCUUUGGCGUAGUACACACGUCUGAGUUUGCGUACAUCUUCGACAGCAUGCAGGUGUACAACAAGACAGACUACCCCUUUGAUCCGACCGAGUAUGACUACGAAAUUGCUAUGCGAGCAAGCCGGUCGUGGAGCACCUUUGUGAGUCAAGGAGCCCCGGCAGAGAGCGGACCACAAUCUACCACAUUGUUGAACUGGGAUGAGGCAUUUAGCCGGCCAGGCGGUCCGUAUGUCAGGACGAUUGGUGGCUCGCAUCCGAGUAAUAGUGCGCUGGGCAUGGAGAACGCGACAAGAGAGAUGGCAGAGCAGAGAUUACAGGAGCGAUGCGCUUUCUUUAACAGUCCGAAGAUCAUCCAAGCGCUUCAGUAUUAAGGAGUAGCUCAGUCUGACGCAAGGUCUUAAUAUGGGCAGUACAGGGUGCGAAAUCCAUAAAGACA